CGUAGCCGAACCUUUACCGGGGCGAAACGAACCGAGUCGAGCGAAGCCGAACUCAGCCGAGCCCCCAAUGAGCUGACCCGAGUGACCCCGAAUCCAGCCGAGCCCCCAGAGAGCCGAGAGUAACCGAACCUAACCGAGCCCCCACGAAGCACCGCCGAGCACAGCCGAAUACAGCCGAGCCCCCACCGAGCAGAGCCGCGUGUAGCCGAACACAGCCGAGCCCCCACCGACACAACCCGAACCCGCACCGAGCCGAGCGCAGCCGAAGUCAACCGAGCGGAUCCGAGUGCACCCGAGCGGCCCCGAAUCCAGCCGAGGGAUUUUGGCCAUGACGGAGGUGACCAAGCGCAUCCUGGUGACAGGUGGCACCGGCUUGGUGGGCAGAGCCAUCGAGAAGGUGGUGGCCGAUGGAGAGGGGCGGCCGGACGAGGAGUGGAUCUUCGUGUCCUCCCGAGACGCCGACUUGACGAGCAGCUCUGAGACCAAAGCCCUGUUUGAGAGGCACAAGCCCACCCAUGUCAUCCACCUGGCUGCCAUGGUCGGAGGCCUCUUCAAAAACAUCCGCUCCAACCUGGAUUUUUGGAGGACAAACAUCCACAUCAAUGACAACGUCCUGCACUCAGCCCAUGAGUCAGGGGUGCAGAAGGUGGUCUCCUGCCUCUCCACCUGCAUCUUCCCAGACAAGACCACCUACCCAAUCGAUGAGACCAUGAUCCACAAUGGGCCGCCUCACAGCUCCAACUUUGGCUACUCCUAUGCCAAGAGGAUGAUUGAUGUCCAGAAUAGGGGUUAUUCCGAGCAGCACGGCCGACGUUUCACUGCCGUCAUUCCCACCAACGUCUUCGGGCCGCACGACAACUUCAACAUCGAGGACGGCCACGUCCUGCCAGGGCUCAUCCACAAGGUCUACCUGGCCAAACAGUCUGGCUCUGCUCUGACCGUCUGGGGAACAGGCAAGCCCAGGAGACAGUUCAUCUAUUCCCUGGACCUGGCCCGGCUUUUCCUUUGGGUCCUGCGGGAAUACGAUGAGGUGGAACCAAUCAUUUUGUCAGUGGGAGAAGAAGAUGAAGUCUCCAUCCGGGAGGCAGCAGAGGCCAUUGCGGAGGCCAUGGAAUUCAGGGGAGAGCUCGUUUUUGACACCACCAAGUCGGACGGGCAGUUCAAGAAGACGGCCAGCAAUGCCAAGCUGCGGCGGUACCUGCCUGAAUUCCAGUUCACACCUUUCAGGAAAGCUGUGAAGGAAACCUGUACCUGGUUCAACGCCAACUAUGCCAAUGCCAGGAAGUGACGGCACCGGGACCGGCAUCACCCGGCACCGGGAUCAUCCUCUUCAACUCAGGGUUGUCCUUUGCUGGGGCAGAGGACGGGGCUGGGGGGGUGACAGUGACA